AUGUUCGCCUCACGCGCUGUUUCCACCAUUGCCAGGCGCGCCCCUGUCAGGGCUUUCACCAAAGCUCGUCCUUUCACUUCCUCCGUGUCUCGCUACGACAGCAAGCUCAACGUACCGGGCAAGAUUAUCUCAUACGAAGAGGUCAAGACCGAAGAUGAUCUCCUUCCUCCUGGCUCUAAGCCCACCACGGUUCCCAGUGAUCUUGAGCAGGCUACCGGUCUUGAGCGUUUGGAACUGCUCGGAAAGAUGCAAGGCAUUGACGUUUUCGACAUGAGGCCUCUUGAUGCUUCUCGCAAGGGAACUUUGGAGAAUCCUAUCAUCGUCAAUGGCGCCGGAGACGAACAAUAUGCUGGUUGCACUGGCUACCCUGCCGACUCCCAUCUCGUCAACUGGUUGACAGUCUCUCGUGAUCGCCCAAUCGAGCGUUGCGGCGAGUGUGGCAAUGUUGUCAAGCUCAACUACGUUGGUCCAGAGGAAGACCCCCAUGCUCACGACCACGGCCAUGGUCACGGACACCCAGCUUAUGAAGAGCCCAAGACUUUCGCAGACUAUGUCAAGCCCGAAUACUGGUACCGAUAG